AUGCCGUCUUCUUGGCUCGAAGACGAUGAGUACGAGGCCUGGUGCGCCGAAGCAGAGCCCGAGGCCGAUACACAUGAUGAAGCGCGGCAUCAACAGAGCAACCAUUCCGCGAACGUCAACGGCGGGCUUUCGGCCGCAUCGCAGCAGCAUUGGCGGCAGCAGCCGAGCACUGGGCAAGCCGAACCCACCACCCACUACGCAGGCUCUUACGCUCCGUACGCGGAAUUAGACUCGGCAACCCUAGACGGUGCCCCCGUCACGCCAUUCUCGACAUUACCUCCUGACGACAUAGGUGGUGGUCGCCCACCCGGCGUGGCUCGACGAUAUAGUGCCGAAGGCGAAGGCGAAGGCCAGGGUGACGCUGAGGUGUCUGUAUCUGGAUUUGGAUCCCCCUCCGGACCUAGACCCGAACCUGAGCCUCAUGACCGCAACCACCAACCCCGCCCCUCAGACAUGGACUCCCUCUUCGGCGACAGCGCCUCGGAAGCGGCGAUGGAGGAGGUAUCGUCGUGGGUGAAAGCACGGACCCAGAACGGGAACGACACUGGGACUACAGCUGCGACUCCAGACACGUCUUUCCCUCCACCGCGCAUUCCAGUCUCAAUCCCAGUCUCAGAUCCGAAUAUAGAUGUGGAUAUAUGUACCCGAUCCAGCGACAGCGGCGGUGCGAACGCGACUGCACCGUCAAGUUCACCUUCGAAUGCGACGGACACCGUGACUGGGGAUGCGGGUGCAGGUGCGGAUGCCGGAGAGAGUGUGGUUGUGGGUGCGAGUGCGAAUGCAAGUACAAACGCAAAUCCCCUCCGCAAACCCAAUAGUUCGACCCUCCUCCGCGCACUGUUCACAGAGCAGGGGUGGGCUGAGCACGACCGGCCGUGCGUGCCCCCAGGGACCGAGAACCCGCAGUGGGAGGACGACCCAUUGGAGCUGGCGAAACAGAGACGGGACGCGCGGAGGGAAUUCCAGCCCGAUCCGACGCUUGGCUUCGUGGACGUGCUGGGGCCAGUGGCAGUUGGAGGGGAAGAAGGGAAAUGGAAGGGGAAGGGGAAGGGAAAAGAUACAAGAGAGGCAGGAGAGCCGGGAGGAAGUGUUGGGUUUGGGUCCCGAUCCGGAGACGCGUCAUUCACCGCUGUCGAUGACAGCGGCAAUGAUGGAGACGCUAAUGAUGACGGUGAUAGUAAAACUCAAAGGGAAGAGAAGGACGGCGACGGCGGCGGCGGUCACGAUGGUAAUAAGAACAAUGUGGAUCAGCCUGGGCAGGAACGUAAGAAUGGACGUGGUUCCCCAGCUGAGACGCAAGACUCAGUACACGAUGAGGAUGAUGCUGAAAAGCAAGGCGCGGUACACAAUGAGGAUGAUGCUGAAGGGGCGUACCAUUGCAUACCUGAUGGUGGAGACGAAACGAAAGAGAACGAGCGGGAUCAAGAGCAAGACUAUUCGGCCGACGAGCACCAUCACCAUAACCACCACGUUAACCAUGAUGAACCACACAGUGAAACCCAACACCAAGACGAAGCCGAAAGAGGAGGAGAGCAUCAAGAUAGAAGUCAAGUUCCAGAUCAGACAUCUUCCGACGAAGAUGAUCCAUGGCCUCCUCGGCGCCCCGAGACAAUAGAUAUCCUCUCCGACUCGAAGCCCUGGGCACACCUCCGCGACCGAUACAACCCCGAAGAAGACGACCCCUACUGGAAGCCAGCUGGGUCUCCACCACCCAAACCCAAACCCCAAGGCUUCGCCCAAUACGCCACACAGUCCAAAUCGACGUGGGCGCCGCUCCUGCGUCCCUUGAGCGCGGACGAGAAAGAUUACGCCUGCCUCCUAUAUUAUGAGCGUCUCAAACGGGAGGGACGGGGUCCCUACACGCGCGACAAGCGUGGUCCCGCGCUGGAGGGCGAGGCGGAGCAAUUAUCUGAGGCCGGCCCGGAUGAGAGACGAGAGAUGGUGGAGGAGAGGGCGUGGCGGGCCAGGGAGAUUAAGAGGCGGAGGAAGGCCGUGUUCUUUGGGGAACAUUUCGGCAAGGGCGGGCCUCAUGAUUCAAAUCUUUGGGGCGAGGAACAGAGUUUAUAUAUGAUGGAUACGAUUGACUUGGAGGUUGAGGCUCUGGUGGAGGAGACGAGGGCGAAGAAGAGGAGGGAGAAAGAGACGCAGGAAAAGAAAAUGCACGAGGAAGAGGAGGCCGAAGUAAAGGGGAAGGACGAGGACGACAAUAAUGGUCAGGGAUCACCGGAAGGAGGGGACACGGGAUCCUGUGACCACACCGAGCAAGCGGAACAGUUGCGCAAAGAGGCAGAGCUCAAAUGGGGAGAGGGCGAGGGUAAUGCACAAGCACCGACUGAGACUGCCAAACAGCACGGGGCAUGUUGCGGUGGUGCCAACACGCAGCAGAGCCUCGAACGGAGACGGAGGCGGAGGCGGAAAUGGAACUUCCAUCAACCCAUUCGGGUCUAUGGCCACGGAUUCCUGAGUCUGAAAGGUUAUUCAAGCUCGCGCAGAAGAGAGUCCCAGGCGAAAACCACGACUGCCCUUGCAGCGCUAAUGGGGCUUGUCACUGUCCGGCAGGUCGAUGCAAUUGUCGCAAGCCACUAUCUGCACCAGAUCAAUGGGGACAGCCACAAGGGGACUUACCGCUUCCGACGUUCCCUCGGACGGCAUCGACGUGGCCUUCAGGCCAAUUCAAUCAUCCACCGCAUGAAGGAUUGA